AUGGUAGAAUGUCCUGUCCGUAAAAAAUGUUAUAAAAAUAGCAGCGGUGAAUUCACUAGCAUUUAUGGUUACUGCAGACACAAUACUUGUAAAAGUUUUAAGUUUGAUUUUGAAAAAAAAACUGAAAGUGCAGUUAAGGUAUAUGUACUUCGCAAUCAAAAUAUAUACUAUAGCCAUGGUGGAAAAUUAACAAACUUUCUUAGAGGACCGGAGCGAAUGAGUUAUCGAAAAGAGGCGGGUCACAUAAAACAGUUGGCUUUGAGGCAAAAACAUGUUAUGAAAUCUUCUCCUAGGAAGAUAAAACGAGGGAACCUUCAACAAAUAAGGUCAACCAGUGUGUAUAACAGAGUGUCACACGACACUUUGAGUAAGUUUGAUUUCGAUAGCGAUGACAGAGUAGACUCGUAA